AUGGGGAGGCUGUCGCUUGACCUGUCGACGAUAGCGGCGCCAAUGGUCAACCAAAGCGACCUUCCGUUCCGCAUCCUCGUCCGCCGCUACAACACCUCGCUCGCGUACACCCAGAUGCUCGUACCCGAACGGCUACUGGAGGACCAAGAGUACCUCGAAUCUCACACGCGAGGCCUUCGCGAUGGGCCAGACUCGCCUGUAGUAGUGCAGCUGUGCGGGAACGACCCAGAGAUCGUGCUGAAAGCUGCACGGACAGUCGUAGAUAGGGUGGAUGCUAUAGGUGCAUACAUAGAUCUCAACCUUGGAUGUCCCCAGGAAGCCGCAAGAGAAGGGCAAUACGGCGGGUACCUCCUUGACAAGAAGGACUGGCCACUCGUGGAGAGCAUGGUCUCUGCGCUGUCGCACUCGCUACCGGUACCGGUCAGCGCGAAGCUGCGCCUCUGCCAAAACACCUCGUCGACGCCGGAGCUCGCCGCCCGCCUGGAAACCGCAGGCGCGUCCUGGCUGACGCUGCACGCGCGUCACGUCUCAUCGCGCAGACGGCGGCAGGGCGCUGCCGACCUCUCGCAGGUGCGCAUACUCAAAGAGCACGUCCGGAUACCGGUGGUCAGCAACGGGAACGUCCGCGCCUGGGAGGAUGUCCAGCGCAAUAGAGAGGAUACCGGCGCGGAUGGCGUCAUGGUCGGGGUGACACUUCUUGCGAAUCCAUGUUUGUUCGCGGACAUCACGCCGGACCCGGUCCAGAUCUCGCUCGAAUACCUCGAUAUAUGCAAAGACUAUCCCGGAACUGCGACGCUGCAGACCAUUCAGACGCAUGUACGGCACUUCGUCGAUCACCAGUGCGGACGGAGACCGUGGUUCAACAAGUUCCGCGCGACACUUGGUCGAUGUACGUCCAUCGACGAGAUCGAGACGCUCCUGCGCGUCAAGGUACAGCGAUGGCGCGGGCUGCCGCCGCUUGGCGAAGACCACGACAGCGAGAACGUCGGAAGCGAAGACGAGCCGCAGUAUGAACGAGGCACAUCGUGCAGGGAGAGCGGAAGCUUGGAUGACCAGUUCACCGUGAUGAAUAUACUACGAUAACAACACCAACGUAUCGCCGCAGUCAAACGUAUCACGAGCCCUUGAUUGGAAUGGCAAUGCAUACCCAGCGGGACCUACAGAUUUCCG